GACAGAGGCACACGUUCCCUCUCUCCUUUUCUCUUUCACGCACACACACAUGCUUUUCCAUACAGACUGCAACUUUCCUCAAUUGGACUGACACAUCACACACGCUGGGAUAGACACUCCCCUUGCAAUACUGGAGAAGACCAUAGGGAGUGACAGAUCAGGAUAAAAAAGAAAAACAGAAAGAGUGGAGGAUUCCAGGUGAAGAGGAGGAUCGAGCUGUCAUUUUGUCCCAUCAAAGAUGGCAAACCUUGUGACAUCAUUGUGCUGUGUAGUUCUGGCUGCUGUGGUGGUAGCUUAUGCACAGAGACGCAGUCAGCUCGUUGCUAGGAACCAGUAUGAACGAAUGUACAGUGAUGUCACCAUGCAGUGCGGCUCCCUGGACACUGAUGCCUCUGUAUCAUGGAAGGUGAAUGGGACUGAUGUGAAGGCCCAGCACCGUCUAGAGGGCCCCAGAUUGAUACUGAAUAAUGUGGACCUGAGCCACAACGGACUCUACAGCUGCUUUCAGAACCCGCAUGGAGAGAGACGUGACACCAUCUACCUCCACAUCGGCGUUCCCCCACGGGAGCCCACAGUCACCUGUCGAUCUAACACCUACCCUAAAGGCUUCUACUGCAGCUGGCAUCAGCAGCACCCCACGUACAUCCCCACCACUUUUGAAGUUGAUGUACAACAUAACCAACGUUCACUGGAAGUACAGAAAGAUCCAGAUCACAAGAACCGCUGUCGUGUACGUUUUCCAGAGGUCUUUUCCAGCUACCCUUACAAAGUUAACGUGACUGCUGUUAAUGCCUUGGGAAAAGCCUCUGCCACCUUUAUUUUUGAGGAAUCCAGUAUAGUCAAACCAGACCCCCCAGAGCGUGUGACGGCGACUCCGAUCCGUUUCAAUGCCCGGAGGCUUGAGGUUACCUGGCACAGCCCUGCCACCUGGCCUGACAUCGACAACUUCCCACUGAAAUACUUCCUUCGAUACCGGCCACUCAUCCGGGAACAGUGGCAGCAUGUGGAGUUGUCUGACAGCACCUCCCACACCAUCACUGAUGCCUAUGCUGGGAAAGAGUACAUCAUCCAGGUGGCUGCAAAAGACACAGAGAUUGGAACAUGGAGCGACUGGAGUGUUGCUGUCCAUGCUACACCCUGGAUUGAAGAUCCUCUGCCCAUCACUUCAACAACUGAAGUGGACUUUCCUACUGAAACAAAGACCUCCCCCAUACCAUCCUCCAACGCACCACAAAAAGCUGAACCUCCAGUCGGCAGAGCUGCAAGGCUGCUUACAUUUUUCUCCCCUUUGCUGUUAGGAAUGCUGCUGCUGUUCAUGUGAUGUAAAUAUCGUAUUCCUGAAGGGAGCAGGAGGAAGAAGAGGAGGGGAGAGGCUGGUCUUUUUCUAUUUUGCACAUGUUUUGAGGACACAGUGCAUUGAUCAUAUCUGUCCAUCAUGCAAUUACUCACCAAGAUUACUUAGACAUGAAAUUAGACGAUGAUAAUGCCAUCGAGCAUUCUUUGAUUAAUGGUGACAAAGGAAAUUCUUCAGAGGAACUUUUGGAAGCGCCAUCAUCAACAUCACAAUCAUCCUGAACAACAGCCGCAGCAGCUGCAGCAGCAACAGGAGCAACAACAAACAAAAUAACAGCAGCGUGUCGUACAAACAGACUUAGUAUACCCCCUGGUGGUUUUGAUGGGCCACAGCAGACUUUGUUUGGCAGACAGCAGAGUGGGAAUCUCCUCUUCAGAACAAGAAAAUCAACUCCUGGGAUGACAAAAAAUCUCUUCAUGACCUGUUUAUUAAUUUUUUUUCUAAUGAUUAAUUGCUAGUCUUAACUUUUGCGUUCUUUUGAAAUGUAGGCCCUGUACAGACAAACACACACACACAGAUUUAGAGCAUUUGCAUGUGUGUUUGUGUGUAUAGUUACUGUAGCAGUCCACAUACAGCUAAAUCAUCAUGCCAAAGACUCAACUUCACCCCAACAAAAUGGUUCCCAAACAUCUCACUGAGCUUCCUGAAGCCUGUGUCUGCCUUCAUUGAGGGUUCAAAACCCCAGAGAGAUAUGUGUGAGUGUGCGCGUAAUUGUAUGUAUGUGUUUGACACCUGAUUGCCACCAACUCACAAGGAGUAUCAAUGAAACUUUGGAUGGACCUGAGGAACCCUGCAGCUCCUGUUUGAGUAAAAGUUUCAACAAAGAGGCCACAUAAAUGCUCAGUCAGUCUGAAUCUGUCAACGUGGAUGACUGAAUGAAACAGACGGAGUGAGUUGUUUUUGGAUAUGAAGACUAACACUUUGAAGAAUUCAGUAACCAUAGUCGGGCUUAUUUAGACAGUUAGCUUUACACUCUGCUUUCAGCAUCUGGCAAGGAAGACCUGGAUUGUAAAAAUAAUAAUAAUGAAGUGGAAUUGAGACUGAACAAUUCUUUGCCACCUUAUUGUUUUGGUUUCAACUUUGUAUCAAGGAUGACAAAGUUGGUUAUUGAAAAAUUGAUACAAGCUUUGUUAGUUUUUCAUUCUGCUCUGUGCUGUAAAAUAUAACACAGUUUGCUUUCUGAAGCCUUUAAAACCAUUUUAAAAAGUCUUUUUGCAGUUUACAUUUAAAUAGCCAAUAUCACCAGUUAAUAUUAUGUUAUUCGAAGGAAUAUUGAUGUGCUUUAUUGUUUGUUUUUUAUUUUAUGGACAAAUAAUAAAAACACAUAGAGGAUUUUAGUUUUUUUUCAGACAUUCAUAAUGGCUUAAUUCCUUGAUCCUAUUUUGUAAACUAUGAUAUGUAACUUUAACAUUGAACAAAAAAUUUAUUAUUUAAUAAUAAUAAUGUAUGUAUUAGCAGUAGAAUGUCGUAACCUGUACCUGGGGUCUUUUUUAUAGAUGUAUAUACAAUGACAGGUUUCAACCAUUAAAUGUGACCAUUUCACAAUGAAUGAUGAUAUACUGGUCUCAUUGUGAUUUUGAUUUUCUCGCUUCUUUUUUGAAAGCACAAUCUGUUUUCCUGAUCAUAACACUUAAUCUGGAUUAGUUUCCCCUUAGAAAAUGAAACUACCCUCUUCAUACCUAGUAUGAUACCUUGUUUGAAUUCAGGGAGUGACUUCCUGUGCCUUCUGUUAGAUCGGUAUUUCCUAUAUAAUGACACAGGUACCAGAAAAAAAUCACACAUUAUUUAUUUCAGUGAUUCUUGAUCAAUUCUAAAUCUCGAAGAAUCAAUAUUUUUAAAUGUACUUGUUUAGUACAUCCUGAGUGUAUUAUUACCACCAGACCCACUGCAAGUAUUUUCCUCCGUGUGCUGUCUCAGACACAGAUGCUCUAAGAAGUCGUUAGCUGUGCUGUUAGCAUUAACAGCACUAGCUCUUAGUGUUAACAUAGUUGUGUCUGACAUGUUUAAAUACUGUCAGCACUGUCUAUUGAGCCCUGAGUUACUCAGCCUGUCCAGUUUUCCCUAAAGUUAAGUUUUGAGACUUUCUGUGGAUUCUACAAUCUCAGGUAGGCUGUGAGGAAGCAUGACCCGACGAAUCUGCUAACUGUGCUAAACUACAGUGAUGUAGCCUACUUCAGGAAUGGUUUAAAUGCCUGAAAUCACAUCAUACAGACACAUUCACCCAGAGUAAAAAAAUAUAGCAUGAGCCAACAACCGCUGACUAGCACGGACAAUAAAACAACAGGAUUUAACAUAUGUUUUAAGUCAAAGACUGGUGUUACGGUUUAAUGAGUGACCAUGUAAACAGGUGACUAUAUGGCAAAUGCAUAUGGGAUAGUAACAGAUAUAGAAAACUUAAGGAGCCCCUGUAUUCAGUUUUUCAAUAAAUUCGUAUCUCAUAAGUAUAUUUUAGACAUAACAGAAAAUAUUCAGUGUUUAACAAUGCUGUAACUAUGAUAACUGCUGACACUGCUGAAAAGUCACCAGUUAGCAUGGUCUCUUGUUUUAACACCUGCUCUCCUACAGUAUAAUUUACAGUGAAGCCUCUGGAUUUAUGACCAUUUUCUUCUGCUGAUGAGUGUCUGAUGAAUACCUUUUUUGCUUGA